UUAGUUUAUUCAUAGAAGAAUGUGAAGGGCAACAUUGUACGAGAAAGGCAGAGAAAGUUGACAUUGACUAGUUCCAAAGCCAUGGCUCUUACUCGAUUUCUCUCAUCUUCAUCUCUUCUUCUUCCUCUUCUUCUUCUUCUUGAAUCUGUGUCUGGCGGAAAUCAAACCAUCAUCAAGACAAGAUUCACGGUUCAAGAAGCCACCAUUGACGACAUCAGAGAAGCUUUCAAGGAAAAGAGACUUACUUCGAGACAGCUCGUGGAGUUCUACAUUGAAGCAAUCCAAGAACUCAAUCCGACACUCCACGGAGUCAUUGAGACAAACCCCGAUGCCAUUACCGACGCAGAGAGAGCAGACAGGGAGCGUGAGACCAAAUCAAAGGACGACCUGUCUCUGUUGCCGGUCCUGCACGGGAUUCCUGUUCUGCUCAAGGACUCCAUUGGAACCAAAGACAAGCUCAACACGACUGCAGGGUCGUGGGCCCUGCUUGGUUCUGUCGUGGCCCGUGACGCAACCGUGGUGAAGAAACUGAGAGAAGCAGGGGCUGUGAUAUUGGGGAAAGCCAGCUUGAGCGAAUGGGCUAACUUCCGAUCCCUCUCGAUCCCGAGCGGCUGGAGCGCACGAGGCGGUCAAGGCAAGAAUCCUUAUGUAUUGUCAGCAAGUCCAUGUGGGUCAAGCAGUGGUUCGGCCAUUUCAGUGGCGGCAAACAUGGUGGCUGUGACAUUGGGGACUGAAACCGAUGGUUCCAUUCUCUGUCCGGCCAAUCAGAACUCGGUGGUCGGCAUUAAACCAACUGUUGGGCUCACCAGCCGGGUUGUCCCUAUUUCUCCUAGGCAGGACACUAUCGGGCCUAUAUGCAGGACAGUGUCCGAUGCUGUCCAUCUUCUAGACGUGAUCGUUGGCGAAGAUGAUAUGGACAAGGCCACGAAGAAGGCGUCGAAACACAUCCCCGAAGGCGGUUACAAGUCAUUUCUAGAUCCUUAUGGCCUCAGGGGAAAGAGACUAGGAAUAGUACGGAAGCCUUUCCUCCAUUCUUCCAGUGAUGCCAUUCUCGUUGAAGCUCUUGAUCGUCACGUCGAAACUUUAAGACGAGAAGGCGCAAUCGUCAUUGACAAUCUGGAAAUACCAAACAUCGAAGUCAUCCUGGACUACUUUCAGAGCGGCGAAGCCAUUGUAGUUCUUGCAGAGUUCAAGGCUUCUCUGAAUGAAUAUCUCGAAGAGCUCGUCGAUUCGCCCGUUCGAUCCUUAAAAGACGUUAUCGCCUUUAACGAAAAGUUCUCUAAACUGGAGAAGACGGAACAAUGGGGUCAAGACAAUUUCAUUGCAGCAGAAGCAACAAACGGAAUCGGAGAAACAGAAAAAGCACUGAUAUCCAAACUAGAAAAGCUUUCGAGAAAUGGGAUCGAGAAACUGAUGAAGGAGAACCGUUUAGACGCGAUGGUGACUGUCGGCUCGGAUGUGAGCCCAGUGCUGGCAAUAGGAGGGUAUCCGGGAAUCAAUGUACCUGCAGGAUACGACAGAGAAGGAGUUCCUUUCGGGAUUAGCUUCGGGGGAUUGAGAUUUUCAGAACCAAAUCUCAUAGAGAUUGCUUACGGAUUCGAGCAAGCGACUAUGGUCAGGAAACCGCCACAGUUCACAGCUUGAACCAUUCCUUUGUCAUGAAUUCAGAAUCCGCUGUCUGGAAUGUAUUGGCAUGUCACCUGUUCCGGAUUCACUCGUGAUUUUUGUAGGAUUUGGAAUAAUGUUUUCAGUGGACUACCAAACCGAAGUGCGUGUUGAGUUUGAGGUUUCAAGUAAAAGCCACAACAGGCGACAUGUCAAUA